AACAAAACCCAAAAGUCAUCUUCUCUAUUGACUUAGAGAAAAGCCACAAUGUCUCGCCUACAAUGCCUAACAAUGGCGACUGCACUAAUUCUGCUUCAAGCUCUGAGUUCAGUAAGCUCAACUAUCCUAUCCCGGGCCGAUCGGAUCACCCGUUUACCGGGUCAACCCCGGGUCGGGUUUCAGCAGUACUCGGGUUAUGUUACUAUUGACGAUAAGAAACAGAGAGCUCUGUUUUACUACUUGGCUGAAGCAGAAACCAAACCCAUCUCAAAACCUCUCGUCCUCUGGCUCAAUGGAGGACCUGGAUGUUCAUCAUUAGGUGUUGGUGCAUUCUCUGAGAAUGGACCUUUUAGACCAAAAGGAUCAGUCUUGGUGAGGAAUCUACACAGCUGGAAUCAAGAGGCUAAUAUGUUGUAUCUGGAGACACCUGUUGGAGUUGGAUUUUCUUAUGCAACUGAGAGCUCCUCUUAUGAGGGUGUGAAUGAUAAGAUCACUGCAAAAGACAAUCUUGUGUUCUUGCAAAAAUGGUUCCUCAAGUUCCCUCAAUAUCUCAAUAGAAGUCUUUUCAUCACUGGUGAAAGCUACGCUGGCCAUUAUGUUCCUCAGUUAGCUCAGCUUAUGAUUCAGUACAACAAGAAGCACAAUUUGUUUAAUCUCAAAGGCAUUGCUAUUGGCAAUCCGGUUAUGGAGUUUGCGACGGAUUUCAAUUCACGAGCGGAGUAUUUCUGGUCUCACGGGUUGAUAUCGGAUCCAACAUACAAAAUGUUCACAUCUUAUUGUAAUUACUCGCGAUAUGUGAGUGAGUACUAUAGAGGAUCAGUGUCAAGUAUGUGCACUAAAGUGAUGAGUCAAGUUAGCAUCGAAACAAGUAGAUUCGUAAACAAAUAUGACGUUACUCUUGACGUUUGCAUUCCCUCUGUGCUAUCUCAAUCCAAAGUUGUUAACCCUCAACCUCAACAAGUGGGAGAGACUGUGGAUGUGUGUGUAGAAGAUGAGACGGUGAACUAUCUUAACCGGAGAGAUGUGCAAAAAGCUCUCCAUGCUCGGCUUGUCGGAACUCGCAAAUGGGCUGUUUGCAGCAAUGUGCUGGAUUACGAAGUACUUGAUGUGGAAGUACCAACGAUUAAUAUUGUAGGAAGUCUGGUUAAAGCUGGAGUUCCGGUUCUUGUGUACAGCGGAGAUCAAGAUUCUGUGAUUCCGUUGACUGGAAGUAGAACAUUAGUGAAGCGACUGGCUGAAGAGUUGGGACUGAGAACAACCGUGCCUUAUCGAGUUUGGUUCGCAGGACAACAGGUUGGUGGGUGGACUCAGGUUUAUGGGAACACAUUGGCGUUUGCAACUGUGAGAGGAGCAGCCCACGAAGUACCAUUCUCGCAGCCCGCGAGAGCGCUCGUGUUGUUUAAAGCAUUUUUGGGUGGUCGUCCUCUCCCUGAAGAUUUCUGAUGUUUUCACCAGUUUAUAAGCUUGGCGAGAAAAGAAAAUACUUGGAAAUUU